AUGAAGUUUCCCAUCGAACCAACCCCCAGAAACAAGUUCCGCUUGGACAUUGUAUUGGGAGUGCUCAUUCUGAUCACAUUAAUCCUGGUCAUUGCCCGAGUAGCGGACAAGGGCACGCCUUCAACGAGAACAAACACCUGGGGCAUUGCCGUGACACUCAAGUCCGCAGUUUUCCUAGCAUACCAAUUGCUCACAGGGCACGUGAAGCGCUUUCAAAGAUGGGCCAGCGCAAAAGUCGACAAGAUCCUUGUCAUGAUUGACACUGUUUUCUACUUUGCCUUAUUCAUAAUCAGCAUUAUGGGAGUCAAAGGUGCACAUUCUACGAGCAGUAAAGCCCUCGGUGUGAUUGUGGUAUUGCUUUCAAUUGUCUUGUGCUUCCUGGACUGCAUUCAAUGCUAUAUCUGUAUAGUGAUUCGGAAAGAUGAGAAGCGAUACGGUCGCACCCCGACUGCUCGAUCUACAAAGAGCUCAACAUCGAGUGUUUGA